AUGCAGUUAUUCUCAACAACAUGCCUGCUCUAUCUACAUGCAUUGCUUCUCACGCUGGUGGCGCUCGGUAGCGCCAAAACCAAUGUCGAUUUUAUGAGCGUGCGAGGGGAGUUUAUGAAGGAUUAUAGUGGGAAAGGGGGUGAGCCGGGGAAGAAGUAUUUUGCCAUGCUAACUGAUCAUGCCAGCUUCCAUUAUCACUAUGAUGGACGCUUCGCAACCGAGCCUCUCCCCGACGGAGAGACAAUACCGCACUUGGUGGCGCUCAUUCAGACCUACCUACAGAUGAUGGCAGACUUGGGCGCAGAGACGUGGAUAAUGCAUGGAACGCUCCUGGCGUGGUGGUGGAACCAGAAGAUCUUUCCCUGGGACAACGACCUCGAUGUGCAAAUCACGGAGCCCACGAUCCACUUCCUCGCCAAGUACUACAACAUGACCGAUCAUCAUUUCGACCUCCCGGGAGUCGAGGGCGGCCGAACGUAUCUGCUCGAAAUUAACCCGCAAUUUGUCGUCCGAACUAGCGAAGAUGAGGACAACGUGAUCGAUGCGCGAUGGAUCGAUAAAUCCUCGGGGCUCUUCAUCGAUAUCACCGCCGUGCGCAAGGACGACGAGGCGCGAGAGAAAGGUCAACCCGGUGCCUUGAUGUGCAAGGAUCUUCAUCGAUUCGACGAAUCCGAAAUCUUCCCGUUGCGGAACAGCUAUUUCGAAAAUGUUCCUGUCAAGAUUCCCUAUAAGUACAGCGAGCUUCUUCAGGAAGAAUACAGUGCCAAGGCGUUGACCACUGUUGACUUUCAAGGUUAUCAUUUCAACGAGGAGACCAAGAUCUGGGAGCCAACCGAGUGA